AUGACCAAUGCUCUGCAGUCGGAAAGCGGUCUCCCUACAGAUUGGAUUGUAAAACAAUCGACCUCUCGAAAUUUACCCUACUAUUUCAACACUCAAACAAGAGAAUCACGUUGGGACCCCCCUGAUGGAACUGACACUGAGGUACUGAAGACCUACAUGGCCAAUAACCAUAGUGCUGCCAACACCAGAACAGAAGGCAUGGAUGCUGGGAAUGGGAAGAUCAGAGCAGCCCACUUACUGGUCAAGCAUAACGAAAGCAGAAGACCACAAAGUUGGCGGGAAGCCAACAUUACCAGAUCAAAGGACGAGGCGCUCAAUAUCAUCAAGGGAUAUCAGGAACAGAUUCAGUCCGGUCAAACCACUCUUGGUGCUCUGGCUGUCUCCGAAUCAGACUGUAGCAGUGCUCGGAAGAGAGGAGAUCUCGGCUUCUUUGGCAAGAAUGAGAUGCAGAAAGAAUUCGAAGAGAAUGCAUUUGCUCUCAAGCCUGGCGAAGUUAGUGGUAUAGUAGAGACUGCUUCUGGUCUCCACUUAAUUGAACGGAUCCAAUGA